AUGGAGAUGCAAAGGUGGUCCACAAGGUGGAAAACGAAAAGGUGGUUUAUGGAUUCCACCCUAACUGCAUUCAUCACUUUAACCUUGGUUCUACAAGCGACCAAUGUCAGAGCAGAGCCAGUGGACGUGCUACAAGUAUUAGAAUUUCAAAAUUACCCAGAAGGAGUGACGAAAACAUCAGGACUUUGCACAAACCGAAGAGCAUCAAAGCCGGACUCAGCUUACAGAGUUACCAAGCAGGUCCAGAUCAGUGCCCCCACCACACAGCUAUUCCCUGGAGGCGUUUUUCCUGAGGACUUCUCCAUCCUGUCCACAGUGCGCCCCAAGUCCGGCCUCCAGUCCUUCUUGCUGUCCAUUUACAACAAGCAAGGAGUCCAGCAGCUGGGCGUGGAAGUGGGACGUUCACCUGUCUUCCUGUAUGAGGAUGAGACUGGCAAGCCAGCGCCGGAGGACUACCCUUUGUUCCGUACUCUCAAUCUUGCUGACGGAAAGUGGCAUCGUGUGGCCAUCAGUGUGGAGAAGAACACAGUCACCAUUAUUGUAGACUGUAAGAAGAAGAUCACCAAGCCUCUCCUCAGGAGUGACCAUGGUUCCAUCAACACCAAUGGCAUUACCGUGUUCGGCACCAGGAUCCUGGAUGAGGAGGUUUUCCAGGGCGACAUCCAGCAGCUCCUGAUUGUGGCUGAUCCCAAAGCAGCAUACGACUACUGUGAACAUUACAGCCCGGACUGUGACACUCCCCACAGUGAUUCUCUGCAGGCCCAGGAGCCAGAGGAAGAGUACACUACUGACGAUUUAGAUUACUCUCAGUUCUAUGAUUACUCUGAGGGAGCCACAGACAUCAUUCCGACCGAUGAGUAUUCUGAACCACAGCCAAACAAUGUAGGAGAUUACAAUACAGACUAUGACUACGGAACUGUAGAUGGUACUCAAACUCAGUCCCCCUUUGCCACGAGCGGACCUAAUGAGGCUGUGGAGGAGGAUGUUGUUGGUGCAUAUGUUACCGAGGCCACUCCCAUUGCUACGGAGCCCGUUGUCCCAGAAACGGUGGACAACUUGGACACUGGUGCGGAAGCAUAUAACUUUAAGGAAUAUGACCUAAAGGAGUAUGACUUGGGCGAGGUUGACAACAGGUUGUAUGAUUACGGGGAAUAUGAUGAGUAUGGCAGGGCCCAGCCCAAACCCACGGCAACCGAAGAUGAUGAGGUGGGGCCUGGGGUUGCUGCUGAAACUGACGUUUCUGAGAGCACCGUUGCUGGGGCUGGAGGAGCCUUCGGCCAGAAGGGAGAUAAGGGCGAGCCGGCUGUCAUUGAGCCUGGCAUGCUGAUUGAAGGACCACCAGGACCCCAUGGCCCAGCUGGUCUUCCAGGUCCCUCAGGGCUCCAAGGACCCCCAGGCCCGUCUGGAGAUCCUGGUGACAGGGGUCCUACUGGUCGUGCUGGUCUGCCUGGUGCUGAUGGUUUGGCAGGACCCCCUGGUACCAUGCUGAUGCUGCCAUUCCGUUUUGGUGGGGAUGGUGAGAAGGGUCCAGUGGUUUCUGCCCAAGAAGCCCAAGCUCAGGCCAUCCUGUCCCAGGCCAGACUGGCUAUGAGGGGACCCUCAGGGCCAAUGGGGUUGACAGGAAGAUCAGGACCAGUGGGUCUCCCUGGUGGUAUUGGACUGAAAGGUGAAGCUGGAGACCCUGGUCCUCAGGGUCCCCGUGGCAUCCAAGGGUCUCCAGGACAAGUUGGCAAGGCUGGCAAGAGGGGCCGUGCCGGAGCUGACGGGUCCCGCGGAAUGCCUGGAGAGCCAGGCUCCAAGGGUGACAGAGGCUUUGAUGGUCUGCCCGGACUGCCUGGUGAAAAGGGACACAGGGGGGAGCUAGGGCCAAUGGGACCCACAGGUGCCUCUGGAGAGGAUGGACAGAGAGGCGAGGACGGAGAGAUCGGGCCCAGAGGAUUAGCUGGCGAGAGUGGUCCUAGAGGUUUGCUGGGACCCCGUGGUUCUCCUGGACCCCCUGGAUCUCCUGGUGUUGCUGGGGUUGACGGGCCUCCUGGUGCCAAAGGAAACAUGGGACCACAAGGAGAACCAGGCCCACCCGGGCAGCAGGGAAUCCCUGGAACACAGGGUCUUCCUGGUCCUCAAGGCCCUAUUGGACCACCUGGUGAAAAAGGACCUCACGGCAGGUCGGGGUUGCCUGGAUUACCUGGAGCUGAUGGGCCUCCUGGUCAUCCUGGUAAGGAGGGUCCACCUGGAGAGAAAGGAGCCCUGGGUCCCUCAGGUCCACAGGGUCCUAUUGGUUAUCCCGGCCCUCGUGGUGUCAAGGGUGCUGAUGGUGUCCGUGGUCUCAAGGGUGGAAAGGGAGAGAAGGGCGAGGAUGGUUUCCCAGGUUUCAAGGGAGACAUGGGAAUCAAAGGAGACCGGGGUGAGCUUGGCAUGAUUGGGUCCCGUGGAGAGGAUGGUCCUGAGGGUCCCAAAGGCCGAUCUGGCCCCAACGGAGACUCAGGUCCCAUUGGUCCUGCUGGAGAAAAGGGUAAACUGGGUGUUCCAGGAUUGCCAGGUUAUCCAGGAAGACAAGGACCUAAGGGCUCGAGUGGUUUCCCUGGGUUCCCUGGAGCCAACGGCGAGAAAGGAGCCAGGGGCAUUGCAGGCAAAUCUGGUCCAAGAGGACAAAGAGGUCCAACGGGUCCUCGGGGAGGUCGAGGAGCCAGAGGUCCAACAGGAAAACCCGGUGCCAAGGGCACAGCAGGCAACGACGGCCCUCCAGGUGGUCCUGGUGAGAGAGGGCCUCAAGGACCUCAGGGACCAGUGGGCUUCUCUGGACCAAAAGGCCCCCCUGGACCACCUGGAAAGGACGGACUGCCCGGACACCCUGGUCAGCGUGGUGAGACGGGUUUCCAAGGAAAAACUGGUCCACCAGGCCCAGGAGGUGUUGUUGGCCCACAGGGACCAACUGGAGAGACUGGUCCUGUUGGUGAGAGAGGCCACCCUGGACCCCCUGGCCCACCCGGUGAGCAGGGUCUUCCAGGUGCUGCUGGCAAGGAGGGAGCGAAGGGAGACCCUGGACCACAGGGAUCCUCUGGUAAAGACGGUCCUCCCGGCCUUCGAGGCUUCCCUGGAGAGAGAGGUCUACCUGGCGCCACGGGCCCAGCAGGUCUGAAGGGAGGAGAGGGGCCCCAAGGUCCACCUGGUCCCGUUGGUUCACCUGGUGAAAGAGGUUCUGCUGGCUCAGCUGGUCCAAUAGGCCUGUCUGGUAGACCUGGCCCUCAGGGUCCCCCAGGUCCCUCUGGAGAGAAGGGAGCACCUGGUGAGAAAGGACCUCAAGGUCCUGCUGGUCGUGACGGGGUCCAGGGUCCUGUUGGUCUGCCCGGGCCUGCUGGACCUCAGGGUCCACCUGGAGAGGAUGGUGACAAGGGAGAGGUUGGCGAGCCUGGCCAGAAAGGAAGCAAAGCCGACAAGGGAGAACAGGGUCCUCCUGGCCCAGCUGGUCUCCAAGGUCCCAUAGGUGCCCCAGGCCCUGCUGGAGCGGAUGGAGAGCCUGGUCCCAGAGGUCAGCAGGGUAUGUUUGGACAGAAGGGAGAUGAAGGCUCCAGAGGUUUCCCUGGACCCCCUGGUCCCAUCGGUCUGCAGGGGCUUCCUGGACCUCCUGGUGAGAAGGGAGAGAACGGUGAUGUGGGCCCCAUGGGCCCUCCUGGUCCUCCUGGUCCCAGAGGUCCUCAGGGUCCUAGUGGAGCUGAUGGUCCACAAGGCCCUCCAGGUGGUGUGGGCCCCAUGGGAUCCGUGGGUGAGAAGGGUGAACAAGGUGAGGCUGGAAACCCAGGACCACCCGGAGAGGCUGGAACCGGGGGACCUAAAGGCGAGAGAGGAGAGAAAGGAGAAGGUGGCCCCCCUGGAGCUGCUGGACCUGCGGGUGCCAAAGGACCACCUGGAGAUGACGGUCCAAAGGGCAACCCUGGACCUGUUGGAUUCCCUGGGGACCCUGGUCCUCCUGGCGAGCCGGGUGUUGCUGGCACUGAUGGAGAAUCAGGAGAGAAAGGAGAGGAUGGUGAAUCCGGUCAGGCGGGACCUCCAGGUCCAUCAGGAGAAGCUGGCCCACCCGGACCACCUGGCAAGAGAGGACCUCCUGGGGCUGCUGGUGCAGAGGGCAGGCAAGGAGAGAAGGGCGCAAAGGGGGAGGCAGGUUCCGAGGGUCCUGCGGGAAGAACCGGACCGGUUGGACCCCAGGGACCUUCAGGAAAGCCCGGUCCAGAGGGUCUGCGAGGAAUCCCUGGUCCUGUCGGUGAACAAGGACUGCCCGGUGCCCCAGGACAAGAUGGCCCACCCGGUCCCAUGGGUCCUCCUGGUCUUCCUGGCCUGAAAGGUGACCCCGGUUCUAAAGGAGAAAAGGGUCAUCCAGGUUUGAUUGGCCUAAUCGGACCCUCUGGUGAGCAAGGAGAGAAGGGAGACCGAGGUUUGCCCGGGCCCCAAGGUUCUCCCGGUGGCAAAGGCGACGGUGGUAUCAGUGGAUCCUCUGGUCCUCUCGGUCCCGCAGGUCCCCCUGGUCUGCCUGGUCCUCAAGGUCCCAAAGGAUCCAAGGGUUCAAGUGGGCCUGCUGGUACAAAAGGAGACACUGGUUCAAUUGGUCCUCCUGGUCCUCCUGGCCCACCAGGUGAAGUAAUCCAGCCCCUGCCCAUCCAGUCACCAAAGAAGACAAAGCGCUCCAGUGACAUGCAGUCAGACGCUGGAAUGAUGGACUACGGCGAGGGCAUGGAGGACAUCUUCGGCUCACUCAACAACCUCAAACAGGACAUUGAACGCAUGAAAUACCCCAUGGGCACACAAAACAACCCUGCCAGGACAUGCAAAGAUCUGCAGCUCUCCCACCCAGAGUUCCCUGAUGGCGAAUACUGGAUUGAUCCAAACCAAGGCUGCUCUGGGGAUUCCUUCAAAGUCUACUGUAACUUCACCGCCGGGGGCGAAACCUGCAUCUAUCCAGAUAAGAAGUCUAAUGGAGUCAGAAUAUCUUCAUGGCCCAAGGAAGUCCCUGGGGCAUGGUUCAGUGAAUUUAAGCGUGGUAAAAUAUUUUCCUAUGUUGACGCGGAUGGAAACUCUAUAAACAUGGUACAGAUGACCUUCCUCAGACUACUGACAGCCUCUGCCAGGCAAAACUUCACAUACAGCUGCCACCAGUCUGUAGCGUGGCACGACGCCACCAGCGACAGCUACGACAAGGCGCUGCGCUUCCUUGGCGCCAACGAUGAGGAGAUGUCCUAUGACAAUAACCCUUACAUCAAGGCCCUCUCUGACAGUUGUGCGACGAGGAAGGGCUAUGGAAAGACUGUGAUGGAGAUUAACACUCCCAAAAUCGAUCAGGUUCCCAUCAUCGAUGUCAUGUUGACUGACUUUGGGGAUCCCAACCAGAAGUUUGGGUUUGAAGUUGGGCCCAUCUGCUUCCUUGGCUAA